AAUAAUAUGGCUUCCUAAGGGAAAAAGAAAGAGCCUAAACCCUCGGCCCUCGGCGGCACACCGGGAGUUGUAUACCUUCCGCCUCCCAAUUGCUUGGUUGCCAGUUGCCUCGCCAGUCGCCACAAAUGGACGCGACAGAUAUGGACGUAGAAGUAAAUGAACAACACAACCGCAUCAUUCCCGAUACCAGCAGCUCAUCGAAGCGAUUUGCAUUAAAAAAUUCCAUUCAAACCAACUUCGGUGAUGAUUACGUUUUCCAAAUCGUCCCCAAGGAAGACUGGACAACGAUGGCUGUGUCUCUGUCGUCCAAUUCCGUGAAGCUGUAUUCACCGGUUACCGAUGGCACUCUCAGGGCUUGGGAUACUCGCUCUUACCAACAGGUGUCUUGCCUAAAUGCUGGUCCUUCUCAAGAAAUAUUUAGUUUUUCAUUCGGCGGAUCUGGUGAUAAUCUUCUUGCUGCAGGUUGUAAAUCUCAGAUACUUUUCUGGGAUUGGAGAAACAAGAAGCAGGUUGCCUGCUUGGAGGAGUCUCAUAUGGAUGAUGUGACACAGGUUCAUUUUGUACCGAAUGAGAAAAAUAAGCUUAUAUCUGCCUCUAUUGAUGGACUAAUUUGUACUUAUGACACCAGUGGAGAAAUCAAUGAUGAUGAUCAUCUGGAAUCAGUGAUUAAUGUGGGGACAUCUAUCGGAAAAGUGGGGCUUUUUGGAGGGACAUAUGAGAAGCUAUGGUGUUUGACUCACAUUGAAACUUUAAGUAUUUGGGAUUUGAAAGAGUCUAGAGUUGAUGCCAAUUUUGAGGAUGCUCGCUCCUUGGCCUCUAAUAGCUGGUCUCUAGAUCAUGUUGACUAUUUUGUUGACUGUCACUACUCGGCGGUGGAUGAGCGAUUAUGGGUUAUAGGCGGCACAAAUGGCGGCAGUUUGGGAUACUUCCCGGUAGGGUAUGCAGAAGGUAUGAGAUCAAUUUUGUCACCAGAAGCGGUUCUCCAUGGUGGUCAUGGUGUUGUUGUUAGGAGUGUGCUGCCUUCCCCCACCAUGAGAAGUGUGAUGAACAACAAAAAGCAGAACCAGAACCAGAACCAAACAGAGGGGAUAUUUGGGUGGACAGGUGGCGAAGACGGACGAUUGUGUUGCUGGUUGUCUGACAAUUCGUCUGACAUAAAUCAAUCUUGGAUAUCGACUUCAUUGGUUGAAAAACACCCCAAAAAUCGCAAGAAAAAGAGGCAUCAACCUUAUUAGAGUGACUGCAAGUGAUGUGUAUUUUGAUGUUGUGCAAUACUUCCUGUUUUGCUUUUCUUUAUUUACUUUUUUUUUUAUAAUUUCUUUUCACUACCAUGUCAAGUUCUAUGAUUUGUAGUGUGGAGUUGUUUACUCUCUCGUUGUGUAACAAAAAAUCAGUUCAUUCUUGUUGAAAACGUGUAUCAAUGCUUUUUUCCAUCACGUCUUAGUCUUGUUAAUGAGCAGGUAGAAUUAUUAACAGUUUAAAAA